AUGAUCCCGCCAAGUGUGUCCUGUAGAGCCUGCAGUUCCACCUGCAGCCUACAAAUACAAACCCUUGUUCGCGACAGGAUUUCUCACUCUAGCGCAAAAACUUCCUUAUUCUCGUUCGCCGGGACUUCUCGACCGUCCUUGGCGCCCAUCUCUCGCAAAUAUGCCCUGAACAACACCCUCCAGCGGUCCUUCCAUUUCACUCCCGGCCGGCUAUCCGAUCCCUCGCCCUCGUCCUCUCGGAUCUCCUAUCGGGUUGCCGUCUCCUCGUCGGGUAAAGGCCGCCGCUUCCACCCGCUCAAAAAUGCCUAUAACUAUGAUCCUACGGUGUCAGAUGUCAUCGGUGUCUCUACAGACAAGAACCCGACCGUCCGCCGGCGCAAUCGCCCUGACAGUGGUGAGGAUGCCUUCUUUGUAAGCCGCAUCGGCUCCGAGAUUUCAGGCCACCCGGAUGCAGGCGAUGCGGUCGCCUUUGCGGUGGCUGAUGGUGUAGGCGGCUGGACAGAGUCCCGCGUCGAUCCGGCGGACUUUUCGCAUGGUCUGUGUGGGUAUAUGGCUCAGUCGGCUCUGUCCUGGGACUCGCCUGCAGACAAACUGCGGCCGAAGCAACUGUUGCAGGCCGGAUAUGACCAGGUUGUGGAGGACCCGGCGAUCAAGGCGGGUGGCAGCACUGCGUCUGUCGGCGUCGCGCUUCCAGAUGGCCGUGUUGAGCUGGCUAAUCUGGGUGACUCGGGCUCUGUGCUACUCCGUCUUGCCGCCGUCCACCACUACUCUGUCCCGCAAACCCACGGGUUCAAUACACCCUAUCAACUAAGCGUGAUUCCCCCGAAAAUGCGUGCUCAGGCGUCAGUCUUUGGGGGAGCCUAUUUGGAAGACUUCCCCAAGGAUGCCGCCGUCACAAAUGUCCAGAUGCAGCACGGUGACGUGCUCAUCCUCGCUACAGACGGUGUCUUUGACAACCUGAAUAAUCAGGAUAUACUGAAAGUUGUCACGAGUCGUAUGGUCUUGACUGGCGCUUGGACAGCCACUGAAGACUAUGGCGUCGGGAUUUCCGAUACUCUUGCUGGACUGACAGUUCCAGGCGGACUGGCCACUGCAUUCCCACCGCCAAAGAACCCUUCCGCAUCUCAACCAAACGAAAAGGAGAACGCAUCUCUCGAAUCCACCCUUACCCUCCAAUCCCUUCUGGCCGCCUCCAUCGCCGGUGAAGCCAAGGUUGCCAGUGUCGACUUCCGCCGCGAUGGCCCCUUCGCCAAGGAGGCGCAGCGUUACUACCCGGGAGACUACUACCGCGGGGGCAAGGUGGAUGACAUCUGCGCUCUGGUCAUUGUGGCCGUCGACGAGAGUCUUGCCAGCGGCACACGUGGCGAGUAG